CAUGACCAUAUCUAUGGACAUGACACCUGCCUCCAGGAAGCGGUAAGUGCAGGUGGAACUAAGUUUGGCGACGGAUCCUCUUGUUUCACAUCGAUCGUGACUCCUCUGUGUUGGCCUCCUGACUCGUUAAAGCCGACAUGGAUGAAAGCAUGAAAGGAGCCUUCAGGAGGCUUAGGCCAGCCAUAUUCAACUCUUUCACCGAUCACUGCAGCCCCCCACUCACUGUCCCCUUGCGCUCUGACCAGUUGGAAUAUGGCUCCUCAACAGGGCCAAGGGUUGAUAAGGAUGGACGAGGGGGGCUGAAGACAGAACACUAUCUAAAUGUAUCAGACGAGGAGGAUGAUGAUGGCUACUUCUCAAUGUUUCAUAAAAGAGAGCAUUGGACAGAUGAAGUUAGAGAGCCAUGGGAUGUGUGCCAUCCUGAAAGUUCCUCCGGACAAGCUGCAAUAUCUAGCCGGCACAUUUCCUUUACACACAGUGAUUUGGGUCCGACUGUUAGCGGGCCACAGCUGGAGUCGUUAGAAGGUGACUCUGAAGAGGGGUGGACUAUUGGUCCCCCCAUGUUCGAAUCAUCGCUGUGCCACAGUGUCACAGUGAAGUUGAGUGCAGGUAGUGAGCAGAGCAGAAAGGUGACGGAGGAGUUGCAGCACGGUGUGACGGAGCCUGUCUAUGACUGUCAGGCCACAGUUAGAAGAGACACAGCCACUGUCCAGUCACCUGAUACCAGUUAUGAAGCCACUUUAUCUCCACAAGUAAAGGUGAAGUCAGUUGUGGUGGCUCUCAGGCAGAGCACCACCAGUAGCCGCUCCACCUCCAGCAGCUCCACCAGCAGGAGUAAUACUACAGCACCUUCUGUACUGGAGCUGAAAGACUUCCACAGUAACAGAUCUGUCCUCAGUGGCAAAAGAAAAAGGCUCGAGGACCUGGGGGUGGACUGGGAGUGUAAAAAGCAGAGCUAUGUGCGCUCUGUCACCAAACACAUGGAAGAGCAUCCAACAACUCAAGACGUUAUGACUGAGCUAUUCCACCUCAUCACCCAUGUGGCUGAAAAGACAAGUGGUGGUAAUGGCAGACAAUGGCAGCAUCCCUCUGACCUCACACGCAGGAACUACCAGAGACGCUUUGGAAAUGUGAACCCAAGAAUGUCCCUCUGCGAAUGGCAGGAAAAAAACUCAUACACAUACAAGCGCUUUGCCAACGUCCCCAAAAUCUUUGAAAGGAACCCGUUUCACUGAGAACUUCUGGGGCAGAUUGCACUUAACCCUGAAACUAAAGUGCUGGACUCCGUUACGAAAAGGGCCUCUCAUCAAUGUUUGCACUGUUUUUCUUCUGUAGUUUUAUAUAUGGUGUGUAUUUUUGGUUUGUCAGUUUUCCCGUUUUUGCAUGUUCUUUUAUAUAAAAAUAUAUGCAUGUUUUAAGGGUUAUUGACAAUGUGGAAAUUGAGCUGCAGAAAAGCACUUGAACGUUUGAAGUAUCUUAAAUGUCUGCCUAUUUUUUAUUAGAUUUCGAACUAAGCCUUUUUUAAAGUGUGUUUGGUUAUGUUUGUACUUUUGACCAUCUGACUAUUUGUAUACUUGUUUCCUUGUCUUGUACAGAAGUAUUUACCGUUAACGUUGGUUCAGGAUUUGAUUGACUGAGCACGUGUAUUUUCUUGUUGAAUUCUUGCCUCAUGAAGCACCUGUUUCUGUAGAUGUGUUGAAAUCACAGUAGCUAACAUAAUUAAAUAUUUGAAACUUGUAAAACCUGUGAAGGUUUAUUGAAUUGUUCCUGUGACUGUCAAUUUUUAUACAUCAAUCUACAGUAUUCAUUGGAGGGUAAAAGGCUUGACUAAGGUAUUGUAAAGGACAACAAA